AUGCUAUCACCGCCCACGCUAACAGCAGGCGCGUCCAACCGCGCGUGCAACGCGCUCGCCGUGCUGCAGUGCGUCGCCUCGCACCCUGAGACGCGCGUCCUCUUCCUCAACGCGCACAUCCCGCUAUACCUGUACCCGUUCCUGAACACGGUCAGCAAGACUCGCCCCUUUGAGUACCUGCGCCUCACGUCCCUGGGCGUCAUCGGCGCCCUCGUCAAGGUGGACGACACAGACGUGGUCAACUUCCUGCUCUCCACAGAAAUCAUCCCUCUCUGUCUGCGCACCAUGGAGAUGGGGUCGGAGCUCUCCAAGACGGUGGCCACGUUCAUAGUGCAGAAGAUUCUGCUGGACGACGUGGGGCUGGCUUACAUCUGCGCCACUGCUGAGAGGUUCUUUGCCGUGAGUGCCGUCCUGGGAAACAUGGUGCAGCUACUAGCAGAGCACCCCUCGGUGCGCCUUCUGAAGCACAUCAUCCGCUGCUACCUCCGCCUCUCCGACAACCCUCGGGCGGGUGAGGCCCUGCGCACCUGCCUCCCCGACCUCCUCCGAGACGCCACCUUCUCGGCGUGCCUGCGGGACGACGUCACCACGCGCCGCUGGCUUGCACAGCUCCUCAUUAACGUUGGUCCCCCGCUGCACCAGGGGGCAGGCGGAGGAGGGGGCGGGGGCGGGGGCGGCCCUCCUGGGCCUGUCCCCCAGCAGGCGCUGCAUGGGGGGCCGGGCGGAGGUGGGGUGGGGAUGCAUGGAGGGGGAGGAGCAGGGGGUCUGCACUCGUCGUCGCCCUCGCCGCUCCAUGGGACUUCCUCUCCCAUGCAUGGUGCACAGCGGCCCGGGCAGAUGGGGGGACCCAUGGGGGUGGUGGGGGGCAUGGGCGGGGGUGUGGGGGGGAUGGGCCUUCCCCCCAUGGACCCGCUUCCGCCUGUGAACUGA